ACAGAGGCGCUUUUUCUAGAUAAGUGAACGCAAGUGAAAAGUCUGUUAAAGUUUUGGAUUUUAUGGUUACAAUGAAGGUCUUCAUCUUCCUUCUUCUCCUGGGGAUACAGGGAGCAGCGGCAGUGACCCACUCGCUGAAGUAUUUCCUUACUGGAUCCUCUCAAGUCCCAAACUUCCCAGAGUUUGUGAUUGUUGGGAUGGUUGAUGACGUUCAGAUUGAAUAUUAUGACAGCAACACAACAAAAAUGGUGCCCAAACAGGACUGGGUGAACGGUGCAGUAGAUCCACAGUACUGGGAGAGGAACACUAGGGACUUAUUGGGCACCCAGCAGUGGUUCAAAGCCAACAUUGAGAUUUUAAAGCCUCGCUUCAACCAAACUGGAGGUGUUCACAUUCUCCAUGAGAUGUACGGCUGUGAAUGGGAUGAAGAAACAGGUGAAGUGAAUGGAUAUAAUCAGUUUGGCUAUGAUGGAGAGGACUUCAUAAGCUUUGACCUGAAGAAAGAGACAUGGGUCACUCCUGUACAGCAGGCUCUCAUGACAAAGAUGAAGUGGGAUCAUAGAAGGGCUCUGAAGGCUAAGAAAAAGAACUACCUCACCCAGGAGUGUCCUGAGUGGCUGAAGAAGUAUGUGAACUAUGGGAGGAGCUCUCUGAUGAGGACAGAUGUCCCCGAAGUGUCUCUCCUCCAGAAGUCUUCCUCCUCUCUGGUCACCUGCCACGCUACAGGUUUCUAUCCUAACAGAGCCGAGAUGGUCUGGAAAAAAGAUGGAGUGGAGCUUCAUGAGGGUGUGAACAAAGGAGAGAUUCUCACCAACAAUGACGGGACCUUCCAGAUGAGUGUUGACCUGGAUGUCUCAUCAGUCAAACCUGAAGACUGGGACAGAUACGGAUGUGUGUUUCAGAUCUCUGGUGUGAACGAGGACAUCGUCACCAGACUGGACAAAUCAGAGAUCAAGACCAAUGAAGGACCUACAGGAUCUACAGGAAAUAAUGUCAUCAUGAUCUUUGCCAUUUUUAAUGUGGUUCUUGUCCUCGGCGCUGUGAUUGGAAUCAUUCUCUACAAAAAGAAAACAUGCAGAUGCUUCUUCCAGCCUCCUAUGAAGGAUCCUGUGGUUACAGCGCCACUGAAUCCUGCUCCAACAGCCUAAAUGACAAACAACCUUCCAUACAGUUUAUGGAGAUAUAUUGCACUCGAAAAAGAGGCAUUGUCACUUGAUUCUCCUCCAUAAAGUGGGACUAAAUUCUUUUAUUCAUCAAACUGAAGACUUGGAAAAAAUUUUGCACUAGUUGCACUUACUUAAUCAUUCAUUAACUAAAUUUAAAUCACUUGAAAAUUUAAAAAAAAAAAGUUCAAAUUAGUAAUUCAAAGUAAUUAAAAUUAUUUGUAAUUUUAAUUACUUUAAAUUUGGGAAAAAUAAAUUUAAACAUGAAUUGGCAGAUAUUUAACAAGUAUGACACAGAUCAGUGAUUCUCAAACUGUGGUAUGCGUACCAUUAGUGGUACUUGGGCUCUUUCUGGUGGUACGCGGGAAAUUACUAGUUUUUUUAUUUAUUUUUUUUAGAUUCAAUAAUAUACCAUUGUAGAGGUAUGCAAAGAUGACACAAGAGUUCCCUGAGGCUUUUCUGGGAGCUGGAGUCGACCAGAAAACGCCUCCCUGAGCGCGGGUCCUCUAUGAAGAGCAGGCUUUCCUUAUCGCCAGCGGUUACGGCUGCUACAGAGCGCUGGAAGGCUCGUUUCCCUGGGCCCUAAAACUGCAAAUGCAGCACGGCGCUGUCAUGCUGAUGAUAAAAACCCUGCCCUUUUCCGCUUCCCAACCACCAUCGAAGAGUCGGAGACCCCUGGGAGAUGCCGUUGGUAAGUCAGGAACUAUCGCCUGGAUGCCGAAGCUCCUGGUAGCCAGGAGAAUGCAAUCCGCUUCUUCUGCGAGUGAGCGGUAAUCCUUUGCGGCCAGGAGCAGGGAGUUGGCGAGGCCACCUCGCACCGGCAACUGUCGAGGAAGACAUGAGUGAAGAGGAAUCCGCCGUCAUCCAUUCCUAGCAAGGACAACAUGCUCUCUGUGAGAUUGAGAGCGGUACCAUCACCCAGGCCCAAAAGAGAGAGGAGUUUCUAGGCCCGCUCUGCGUUGGAGAGGGGGUAGCGCAGCAGCAGCAACGUCUUCAGAGCAGUAUAUUUCCCUUGGGUGGGGGGGAUCCCGGAGGAGUCGUCAUCACACGGCGGGUGAACAGCGGAUCCAGCCAGGCCACCACAUGAUGGUAUUUCGUGUCGUUGGCUGAAAACACCACAAGGCACAAACUAAACCCUGGUAUCACUUCCGACAUAAAUGAAGACCAAAAACUUAACAGCAGUGAGGUUCGUAGGGUCACUAAAGUUGGGCUAGCUGGUAUAUAAUGAUGUGGUGCAUGGUGGCUAGCUACACAGCUAUGUUAGCAUAACAUAAACACAGUAAAGCUGGUGGAUGAACACUAACGUUUUUUCACUCAAUAAAAGUUAACGUGAGGGUUCCCGAUGGUUAGGGACAAAUGUAACUGCAUAGCAGGAUACUGUAAACCGACCAAACUUCAGUGAGGAGAACAACUGCAAUCUAAGGUUAGUCAUUAAUAUACUGCUGCAUGGGCUGGGCUGUAGUUACAUGUAAAAACUGAGCUUUAAAAUGAAUAGUGAUGAUAAAAGCUGAGUGAGGCCGACAGUGAUCACUGACUUUUUUUAGGGGCUUGUUCAGAUUAAAUAGAACUAGAUACCAAGCAUUAAAACAUGUUAAAAACACAACAGCCUUAAUAAAUGCUGAUUAGUUUGGACCCAGAAACAAGUUUUCAUCAGGUCAUCAAUUAAAGAUUGGAUAUCCCACCUGCUGUGAAUGUUUAAAUGCAUUACAGUUAUUAUUAUCACUUGUCACAUCCUGUUUUUGACAGUUAAAAUAAAUAACAUUCAUAUAAGAAAUAAAAUUGUCUUCUGUAAACUGUAUAUGGUGGUAAAUAGGCCUGUACUACUGUACUUUAAUGUCGGUCAUAAGGGUGGUACUUCAAGAGCCAUAUACUUUUUAUGAGGUGGAAAAGUUGUGAAAAGUUUGAGAACCACUGACAUAGAUGGUGACCUUAUUUUGAGACUUUAAUUCCCAAUUAGGAAGGGGGAUUUCUAUGAUGAAUAUAACAGCAAUGGGGGGCGGGUAGUACAACAUGCUUUAAAAAUCACAUGACAGCAGUCUAAAAUAUUUUUGUUUAUCGGAAAUAAACAAAAAUAUACAAAAAAACCAAUAUAUUUUUAGCUUAGCAUUUCUGGUGUUGGGUAUUCUGUAAAUCAAUAAAUUACUGUUGAUAAAAAGUACAACUGUAUUAAUAGAGGUACUUGUCCUUUACAUACACAUGCUCUUAGAGUUUGGUAAUAUGAUCAUAUAUUUCUUUAGAUUUGUCAACAAACAGGACAAUUCUGUAAAUCAGUCAUGAACUUGUCAGUGUAAAAUAUUGUUUAACUUUCUAAAUCUGAUGGUAAACUGGGAAUUACUCCAGUCCUCUGCAGCUCUGAGUAAUCAGACAGGAAAUGGAUGGAUGGGCAAUGAACUGUUAUGAUUAGAAGGAUUUGUCAGUAAUGCUUUAGACACAUAUUUUCCAUUUCGUUUGUACUAGAUCUCUAAAUUAUUUUUUAACUUAAUUUCUUCUUCAAUUAGAGGGUUAAAAUAACACCACUGUUAGCCAUCCAUAAACACGUGCCCAAAGUCUCAGAUCACAGUGGAUUUCCAAAUUUUAUACAUAAACUGUUUGUACAUUUCUUUAAAACUAUUUUUGUGUUGAUUUUAAACAGUCCUAGGGUGGUUAUAAUUUAUGUCUUUGAGGUUAUUUUCAUAUACAAAAGAAAAAAAUUUUUGUUUCUUUUGUUUUUUAGUGUAAAAUGUUUUGAUCUUUGGUUUGUUUUCUGAUUUAGUUUAAAUUGAGCUUCUGAUGGCUUGUGUGAUAUUUUCUUGAAAAUGCUUUCUGUUCAUAUUUAGAGGUUUUAAAGGCCUUUUCUCUCUUAUGUAAACAUUUAGGAGUGAAACAGUGAUGUUCAGAUCACAUGUGGUGUUGGAAUUAUCUCUUGUAAAAUUGUGUUGCUGUUUCAUUCUCUUUUAUACUUUUGCCUUUCAAUAAAGU